AUGCCUCUCUCCCGGUCAACUGAUCCUCUUGUCUGGAUUGAUUGCGAGAUGACAGGUCUCGAUCCGCGUACGGAUAAAAUAAUACAAAUAUGCUGCUUCAUCACCGACUCAAAUCUCGACUUAGUUGAACCCAACGGCUUCGAAGCUGUAAUCCACUACCCCAAAUCUGUCCUUGACAACAUGAAUGACUGGUGCAUCAAGACCCAUGGCCAGACAGGCUUGACAGCUGCAGUGCUCUCAUCGACUACAACCCCGACUGCCGCCGCGGAGGGUCUGCUUGCCUAUAUCAAGAAGCAUGUCCCCCAGAAGCGCAUCGGAUUGCUGGCGGGUAAUAGUGUGCACACUGACAAGGCAUUUUUGGCUUGUGAACCAUAUGCGGAUGUUCUCGAGUGGCUACAUUAUCGAUUGCUGGAUGUGAGCAGUAUUAAAGAGGCAUUCAGGAGGUGGGGGAAUGAAAAGAUGUUGAGGGAUGCGCCGAGAAAAGGGUUUGUGCACCUGGCAAAGGAGGAUAUUCUCGAUAGCAUUGAGGAGAUGAGGUAUUAUCGACGUGUGUUGUUUGAGAAGAAGGAUUGA